AUGUACGCAGUCCCUGACACCAACAGCAUUGCACGCAGCCUAAGCGAGCAGUACCUGGCGCACGAAAGCACCGCGUAUACUCCUAGCCCAGUGCGAACGAUCGAAAUCGGCGCCCUGGCAACCGCCUGCUGCCAGUGGGCGGGUACCAGCUCGUCUCUCUCGCCAGAUGAGCGGCUCGGCACCAGCUCGUCCCUCUCCCGCGGCUCGGCCACGGAUGAGCAGCUCGGCACCAGCUCACCCCUCUCGCGCCGGGCGGUCUGCAACGGUGCCGAGGCUUCGAUCGCGUCUGGCACCCGUGUGGCUCAUUGGGUGGAGCCUUCACGUCUGCCGUUGGACUAUUUCGCUCCCGGCCCCGUCCGAACGGUCGAGCAUGGCGCUUUGGCAACCGCCUCGUGCCCAGUUCUCGGCACCCGGUGGGUGGGCGCCGCCACUUCGUCUGUGAAGCGCAUGGCGCAGCAACAGCAGCACGGAAUCGGCUGA